GGGCUGGGCCGGGCAGCAGGUGGGCGGGGGUGGAGGCGCGGGCAGGAGCGCGGGCAGGGAGCAAAGGUUGCAGUCUUCCAGUACCGACCUCAGCCGGAGGGCGGGCGGCAUCAUGACGGUGGGAGCCAGGCUCCGGACCCAGGCGGCGAGCAGCCUCCCGCGCCGCGGGCCCCUCUUCCGGGCGCGAGGGCGGACCGAGCGGGACGAGGAGGCGGCCGCUAUCCUGGAGCAUCUGGAGAGCGGGGCCGAGGAGGAGGAGAGCGCGGAGCGCGCGCGGCUCCCGGGGACCCGGGGCGCGCGGAAGGUGCACCUGGCCGUCCUCCCCGAGCGCUACGAGCCGCUGGAGGAGCCAGCGCCCGGCGACAAGCCCAAGAAGAAGUACCGGCAGAAGCUGAAGAAGUACGGCAAGAACGUCGGGAAGGUUCUCUCCAAAGGAUGUCGCUACGUUGUCGUGGGCCUGCAAGGAUUCGCUGCAGCCUACUCUGCUCCCUUCGGAGUCGCCACCAGCGUGGUGUCCUUUGUCCGCUAGCGGAGACGCCGUGUGAGUGAUCGGCAGCCCCCCCGUUCUGGGAACAGCGUGAACCCAGGAGCAUUUCAGACUUGAACCCACAAAAUACUUGGAAGAAAAAACAAAACGUCUUGGUUGAGUCGGAUGAGUGGUCUGAACACGUCACCCGCGCCCAUCUGCUGAGCUGUCCACGUCUCCUCUCGGACACGGGUGGCCCCGAUGGACAAUCCCGCAGAGAAUUAGGCUGAAGUCAGGUUUGGGAUGAGAAUCGGUUUGCUAAAACCCGAGCCUCCCCUGAAGGUGGCGGUGGGGCGGUGGGGGGGGGGGUCGCACGGGGGCAAGCACCGGCCAGAAGCCAGCACACUGGGGGGGUAGCUGAGUGGUCGUUAGGGAUGGGGGAUGGGGCGGAUCUUGAUCUGGAGCGAGUGGGCUUGAUUUCCUCUAUUCUGGAAAGCUCGAAGGCUGACAGGGCUCUCGGCUCUUGGCUGCCCGGCUUCUAAGGGCACCAAAGGGACCGUUUGUUUCUGAAGUCACUCCCACACCCAUCUCCUUCCUGCACUCCUCUGCCACCAGGAGUUUAAUUACAGGCUGGAGAAGAAGGAAGGAAGAAACAUCUCUUUGAAGGCAACGAUGCUUUGAAACCGGGACUGGCGAUGAGUCAUGACUGUUGAAAGUAGAUGAAGGCUUGUCCUUUUCCUCCCCUUUUUCUCUGACAUGAACGUGGAGGUAGCGAUGAGGGGGAGGAGGGUUGGCAAGUUCAAGGGCAGGUGGUUUGAGGGAGGGAGUGCUCCCGAAGACGGCUGUGUCCAGUCCCGCCCAGGCCGCCCCAGCCACGUGGCAGGGGCCGGCUGAGGUCGUGGGCCUCCUGCCUUGGCUGCCCGGUACCAUCCACGCCCUCCUCCUCGACACCAGCACCAAGGAUGCUCUGCCUUGGGAAGCAGGGAGAUGCCACACCCAGAAGUGAAAGCGGAUGACUUAGAGAAGGAGCCGGAAAGUAGGAGACAGGUGCAGAGGGAGCAGAAGAAGGAUGCUGAACGGGAGAAGAGGAAGCACAGGAGCCGGGGCCGGGUUAUCAGCGCUGGAACAUCUCAGGCUCUGGGCAGGGCCAGGGGAGGCUGGGUGGGCAGAGGUGCCGCCAUGCUGGUGCUCCCAGACCUCCUGAGGCCUGUGAGCUCACGCUGGCUGCCUCUGCCACAUCCUUUCCCUCUUCUGUGCUGCCCGGCUAGACAUCUCUCAGCUGGAUCUGAAGCUGGGCUGGGCAAGGGUCUGUGCCGUUGGACUGCUGGACAAGGAGGUGCCUGCUGAACCUCCACGGCAGGGCCCUGUUCUGACAUGGUUUCCAGAAUAUCCAGAAGCCCAAAAGAGUCACUGAGGACUAGAUUGCGGGAUCCAUGGCAACGGCUGUUUGUUCUCCUGGUGAGAGUUGCCGGACCAGGCACAGGUGGCCUCAGUGCUCACGCUUCACCCAUCAGGCCCCACCAGGUGGCUCCCAGAAGUGGAGAAGAGGGAAAGACAGACAGACGGACGGACGGAAAGAGGAACGAGUGGAGGAGAAUGUUGUAGCUGUGAAGCUAGACGCAGCGUCGUGUUUUGGAGGUUCACGCUGAAGGGGAACUUGGAUCCAAGUCCUGCAUCGAGAAUGUGUGUGAGGAACACGAGAACAGGAAUGGCCUUGUGUUAGCGCAAAUGCUGCAAGUGCACAUUUUUGUACACGUAGCAUAAUCAGAGCUUGCCUGGUUGCGUGGAGCAAAGGGGAGAUGGCGGUGGAAGGAAAAGCAAAGCCUCCCAGCUGAGUGGGAAAGAGAAUCAGACCUGUGUGGCCUCAGGUGACAGGAAAGAUGGGCGGCAGGGAGGAGUCUGGGGCGUUCAGAGGAUGCCUUCCUGGUGGCCUGGCGUCGAGUCUGUGACUGGGAGGGACGAGAGCGGCUGAGGUUCAUCUGAGGGAGCCCCCCACCCACAGCCCCACAAAUUAGAGACACUAUGAGACCCAACAUGUUUGGCCCUGAGGUUUUGAAUUCUGGUUGAGAAUUAACCUAGAGAUUUCCAAAGCCUGAACUCGCAGGGAUUGUCCGGGAGCCACAGUCCUGUCCCAGCAGGUGAGCUGUCACUCCCCGGAUGGGACACCCGUGCCUCAAAUUUCCUCUUUGCCUUUUCUCUCCCUUCCAUUUUUGAAACUAUUUAUCAGUGUCCACACCCUACUCAAAACGGAGCUUUUCCUUUUUUGUGCUUGACCAAGAGGCUUCUUUCAUGGGCUUUUCUCGCCCUAUUAUGUAAAUAAAAGCUCUGAUUUGUCUAAUGUU